UUGUUUCAUCUCUGACGUGGACCGGCAUUUUCCCACAACACCCCGCUGCUGCUGCUGCUGCUCUCACUGAUGACGAAAAUGGCGGACGGCGGAUCGUCGGUGGAGAUUGUGGAGGGCUGUCGCCUGCCCGUUCUUCGUAAAAACCAAGAACACGAGGACGAGUGGCCAUUGGCUGAAAUUCUAAGUGUAAAAGAAGUCUCUUCAAGGAAGCUCUUCUAUGUUCACUACAUCGACUUCAACAAGCGUCUGGAUGAGUGGGUCACAGCAGACAGGCUGGACAUGAAGAAGCUUCAGUUCCCUAAGAAAGAAGCUAAAACUCCAACUAAGAAUGGUCUUCCAGGCUCCCGCCCCAGUUCUCCAGAAAGAGAAGUGAGGAAAAGUCUAGAUCUCAACCCUCAAUCUGCCACAGCUCCUUCCAGAGGCAAAACCCUUCCCACACCGCUGUCGGGUCAUGCGGAACUGCAUGGAAAUCCAGAUACAAACAACCAUGACUCAAUAAAGGAAGAGGAUGAUCCACUCGUGCCGAUCAAAUCCGGAAGUGAUUUAAAACACAGUGUAUCCAAAUGUCUGUCUAGUGUACGCCCUGGACUUGUCAAGCCAAAUGUCAGCUUCAGAACUUUCAAGAAAAGGAAAGUCGAGCCUGUCCCCAUGGUGACUCAGGUACCCCCUGCCCCCCCUGUCCCCUCCCUGCCAAGUUCAGCUGAAGCCACUCAGGCAUCUGUUUUUCCUGCUGUGCGGGAGACCAACACCUUCAAGUCCCGCGAAGACCAUGACCAGCUCGCCUCGCUCACGACGAACGGCAAUGCCCGACGGCUCAUCCCCACUCAGCCUGGAAGGAAAAGGAAAGCUAAUUGUGGGGGAACUGAUGAGAUGAUAAAGGUUUUGCAGUAUAACAACCCUCAAAGUGCCAGUGUCUUUCUACCACCACCAGAGGAUUCCCAGGACAGUUCGGAUGGCAUCCCAUCUGCACCCCGCAUGACAGGCAGUUUAGUGUCUGACCGCAGCCACGAUGACAUCGUGACCCGGAUGAAAAACAUCGAGUGUAUAGAGCUAGGACGUCACAGACUGAAACCCUGGUACUUCUCGCCAUACCCGCAGGAACUCACUGCAUUGCCCAUCCUCUACCUCUGUGAAUUCUGCCUCAAGUAUCUCAAAAGCCUCAAGUGUCUACAGAGACAUUUGACAAAAUGUAACCUGAGACAUCCCCCAGGCAACGAGAUCUACCGCAAAGGCACCAUCUCAUUCUUUGAGAUUGAUGGCAGGAAAAACAAAACAUAUUCCCAGAACCUGUGUUUACUGGCUAAAUGUUUCCUGGAUCACAAAACCUUGUAUUAUGACACAGAUCCUUUCCUCUUCUAUGUAAUGACGGAGUAUGACUCCAAAGGCUUCCACAUAGUGGGUUACUUCUCUAAGGAAAAAGAGUCAACUGAAGAUUAUAACGUCGCCUGCAUCCUGACCUUGCCUCCCUACCAGCGGAGGGGCUAUGGCAAACUGCUUAUUGAAUUCAGUUAUGAGCUGUCCAAGGUCGAAGGGAAGACGGGCACUCCAGAGAAGCCACUUUCUGACCUUGGUCUUUUGUCCUAUCGUUCCUACUGGUCACAGACCAUCUUGGAAAUUCUCAUGGACCUUAAACCCGAUAAUGGUGAAAGGCCGCAGAUUACCAUCAAUGAGAUCAGUGAGAUCACGAGCGUAAAGAAAGAAGACGUCAUUUCAACACUUCAGUACCUCAACCUAAUCAACUACUACAAGGUGAGAGACCAAUGUUGCGUUAAAACAACGCUGAACCCCGGAAGCAGCAAACCCCAGAUGAACCAAUCUGAGACACACAACACCAGCAACGCAGGCUUCUCCUCCUCCUCCUCCUCCUCCUCCUCCCCCAACCCCAGACCAGAGCCUCUGACCUGGUGA